CUAGAUCCUUCUAUCCCCAAUCACAUUGUGAGAUUUGAUUUGAGAAGAUACAGAGUCACUGAUAUGGACUGGAAUGCUAACUUGAGAGCUUUUGUUCCUCGACCAGAGUCUUCCUUCAACUUCCUUUACAACCACAACUAUGAACAAUUUCCAGGCAUGAAGGUGAAUGUUGUUCAUCCAGGAAUGGCUGCAGAGAUGUCACAUGGUUUCGUGCCUGGUAUGGACAAGAACGAUAUGAAGUAUGGAAAUCAAGAAAAGAAGAAGAGAUUGACAAAUGAACAGUUAGAGUCACUGGAGAGCUGUUUUCAAGAGGACAUAAAGUUAGAACCUGAUAGAAAGAUGAAGCUUUCGCGCGACCUCGGGCUCCAGCCUCGCCAAAUUGCUGUCUGGUUUCAGAACAGACGCGCUAGGUGGAAGGCAAAGCAGCUCGAGCGCCUAUAUGACACGCUUAAACAAGAGUUUGAUGUCAUUUCUAGAGAGAAACAGAAGCUUCAACAGGAGGUUAUGAAACUGAAAGCUAUAUUGAGAAAGCAAGUGUCGCAGACAACGGAUAUAACUGGGGAAGAGGCAGUUGAGAGCACAUCUGUGGGCAUUCGCAGCUCAAGCAAGACACACAGCAGCACAAGUAAGCAGCAGAAUAUUGCAGAGUACAAGUAUACUUACAGUGCUGAUGAGUAUAACCCAGUUACGCCAUGGAGUACUACUGUCCAGCUACCAUCUUAUCCAUAGAAGGAUAUAUAUUAUGUAGUAAUAUGAUCAAGCUAGGUUAACAACUUCAGUUUAGUACAUCUUAAGAAGAUU